GGCUCCGGGACUUUCGCUACCUGUUGCGUAGCGAUCGAGGUGCUAGGGAUCGCGGUCUUCCUUCGGGGAUUCUUCCCGGCUCCCGUUCGUUCCUCUGCCAGAGCGGAACACGGAGCGGAGCCCCCAGCGCCCGAACCCUCGGCUGGUACGGACCCCUCCCCGGCGUCUCCGCUCCCCUGACUCCACAUCCCCUAGGAGACCUUUUUUCUGAGCCUCGCUGCUCGGAUUUCUUCUCGGCUCUUCUCGGCGCUCCCCGGUGGUCUCUUCCAUAUGGUCCCCACUUCAGAAAUUUUUUUUCUAACCGCUCCAUCGUCUUUUUUCUGUAUUCUUACAACCUUGUGGUAACCGCCUCUACUGGCCCCACUUCGACCUUCCUGCCUGAUCACCACAAAGAGCCAGUUCUAACUGGACCACGCUGCCACCAUCUCUCUUCAGUAAAGUUGUUAUUGUUCUAAUAGAUGCCUUGAGAGAUGAUUUUGUGUUUGGGUCAAAGGGUGUGAAAUUUAUGCCCUACACAACUUACCUUGUGGAAAAAGGAGCAUCUCACAGUUUUGUGGCUGAAGCAAAGCCACCUACAGUUACUAUGCCUCGAAUCAAGGCAUUGAUGACGGGGACCCUUCCUGGCUUUGUUGAUGUCAUCAGGAACCUCAAUUCUCCCGCGCUGCUGGAAGACAGUGUGAUAAGACAAGCAAAAGCAGCUGGAAAAAGAAUAAUCUUUUAUGGAGAUGAAACCUGGGUUAAAUUAUUCCCAAAGCAUUUUGUGGAAUAUGAUGGAACAACCUCAUUUUUCGUGUCAGAUUACACAGAGGUGGAUAAUAAUGUCACGAGGCAUUUGGAUAAAGUAUUAAAAAGAGGAGAUUGGGACAUAUUAAUCCUCCACUACCUGGGGCUGGACCACAUUGGCCACAUUUCAGGGCCCAACAGCCCCCUGAUUGGGCACAAGCUGAGCGAGAUGGACAGCGUGCUGAUGAAGAUCCACAACUCGCUGCAGUCGAAGGAGAGAGAGACGCCUUUACCCAAUUUGCUGGUUCUUUGUGGUGACCAUGGCAUGUCUGAAGCAGGAAGUCACGGGGCCUCCUCCACGGAGGAAGUGAAUACACCUCUGAUUUUAAUCAGUUCUGCGUUUGGAAGGAAACCUGGUGAUAUCCGACAUCCAAAGCAUGUCCAACAGACGGAUGUGGCUGCGACACUGGCGAUAGCACUUGGCUUACCGAUUCCAAAAGACAGUGUAGGGAGCCUCCUAUUCCCAGUUGUGGAAGGAAGACCAAUGAGAGAGCAGUUGAGAUUUUUACAUUUGAAUACAGUGCAGCUUAGUAAACUGUUGCAAGAGAAUGUACCGUCAUAUGAAAAAGAUCCUGGGUUUGAGCAGUUUAAAAUGUCAGAAAGAUUGCAUGGGAACUGGAUCAGACUGUACUUGGAGGAAAAGCAUUCAGAAGUCCUGUUCAACCUGGGCUCCAAGGUUCUCAGGCAGUACCUGGAUGCUCUGAAGACGCUGAGCUUGUCCCUGAGCGCACAAGUGGCCCAGUAUGACAUCUAUUCGAUGAUGGUGGGGACUGUCGUGGUUUUGGAGGUUCUCACCCUGCUCCUGCUCAGCGUCCCACAGGCACUGCACAGAAAGGCUGAGCUGGAAGUCUCACUGUCAUCUCCUGGGUUUUCUCUGCUCUUUUAUUUGGUGAUCCUGGUUCUUUCGGCCGUUCACGUCAUUGUGUGCACCUCAGCUGAAAGUUCGUGCUACUUCUGUGGCCUCUCGUGGCUGGCGGCAGGUGGGGUGAUGGUGCUGGCCUCGGCGCUGCUGUGUGUGAUUGUGUCUGUUCUGACCAACGUGCUCGUGGGUGGAAACACCCCAAGGAAGAACCCCGUGCAUCCCAGCUCAAGGUGGUCAGAGCUAGACCUUCUUAUUCUGUUGGGGACGGCGGGCCACGUCUUGAGCCUGGGCGCCAGCAGCUUUGUGGAGGAGGAGCACCAGACCUGGUACUUCCUCGUGAACACCCUGUGUCUAGCUCUGAGCCAAGAAACCUACAGAAACUACUUUCUGGGAGAUGACGGUGAGCCUCCAUGUGGCCUCCAUGUGGAACAAGGGCUUGACGGGGCCACAGCAACGUGGCAGGACGGGCCUGGCUAUGACGUGCUGGAGCGAGACAAAGGCCACAGAAGCCCCUCUACCUCCAAAGUGCUCAGAGGCCACGAGAAGUGGAUGGUGCUGGCCAGUCCGUGGCUAAUACUGGCCUGCUGCCGGCUGCUGCGCUCCCUAAACCAGACAGGUGUGCAGUGGGCUCACCGGCCUGACCUCGGCCACUGGCUCACCAGCUCUGACCACAAAGCCGAGCUCUCUGUCCUGGCUGCCCUCUCCCUCCUCGUAGUUUUUGUGCUGGUGCAGAGGGGGUGCUCGCCUGUGUCCAAGGCUGCCCUGGCGCUGGGGCUGCUGGGCGUCUACUGCUACCGGGCGGCCAUUGGGAGUGUCCGGUUCCCGUGGCAGCCGGACAGCAAGGACAUUUCCAAGGGUAUUAUUGAAGCUCGUUUUGUUUAUGUCUUUGUCCUUGGCAUUCUGUUCACGGGCACCAAAGACUUACUUAAAUCUCAAGUCAUUGCUGCAGACUUCAAACUCAAGACUGUAGGUUUAUGGGAGAUAUAUAGUGGAUUAGUUCUUCUGGCAGCCUUGCUCUUUAGACCACAUAAUCUUCCGGUCUUAGCAUUUAGCCUCUUGAUUCAGACUCUAAUGACUAAAUUCAUCUGGAAGCCCCUGAGACACGAUGCAGCUGAGAUUACUGUGAUGCAUUAUUGGUUUGGUCAAGCAUUCUUCUAUUUUCAGGGCAACUCCAACAACAUUGCCACCGUGGACAUCUCCGCAGGCUUCGUGGGCUUAGACACCUACGUGGAAAUCCCAGCCGUGCUCCUGACAGCGUUUGGGACGUACGCAGGGCCUGUGCUGUGGGCCAGCCACUUAGUGCACUUCCUGAGCUCAGAAACACACAGCGGUUCAGCACUGAGUCAUGCUUGCUUCUGCUACGCACUGAUUUGUUCUAUUCCAGUUUCCACAUAUAUCGUUUUGGUGACAUCUCUGCGUUAUCAUUUAUUUAUAUGGAGUGUAUUUUCUCCAAAACUUCUCUACGAGGGAAUGCAUCUGCUCAUUACAGCUGCUGUCUGUGUAUUCUUCACGGCAAUGGAUCAAACCAGACUCACACAGUCUUAGACUAAGCUAAACACUGGAAAAAUAAUACAUGCUUAAAGUCUGCUGUUAUUCUAAAAUGAAAGAUGUGAAUUCAACAGAGUUGAUGAAUAACUCUAAUUUCUUUGACUGCUGUACCUGAAUUUAGACUAAGCAGUUAAUAGUUUCAUAAAAGAUCACUUUAAUAUACAGUUUGUAUCAUAUUUCCCCCAUUGACAAUCACUGUAGAAGCUUCUGAACUUUUAAUUUCCUCUAAAUAAGCUAUGUGUGUUUAAAUCAAUGAAUGAAAAGGUUCUGGACUUUGUUAGAGAGUCCAGGAGCUCUGUGGGAGGAGGCACCCAGAUUACCUUAGGGAGCACUGAGCUCUUAGAAUCCUACAAACCACUGAGGGCCUCAAGGAGCCUUGGUUUAUGAGGGUUACAUAUAUCAGUGUUGAUGGCAUUUGAGAUGAAAACUAAGAUAAAAAAGGUAUUCAUUUAUAAAGAAUCUAUUGCAUAUUAAUAUAACAUUUGAAGGAAAAGUAACUAUAUUUUCCAAAACAAAAAAAUUCAGUGAGACCCAGCACUUUGGGAGGCCAGAGUGGGGGAAUCACUUGAGCCCAGGUGUUUGAGAUCAGCCUGGGAAACAUAGUGAGACCCUCAUCUCUCCAAAAACUUCAAAAAUUAGCUGGGCGUGAUGGCACACACCUGUGGUCCCAGCUACUCAGGUGGCUGAGGAAAGAGUAUUGUUUCAGUUCAGAAGUUCAAGGCUGCAGUGAGCCAUGAUUGCACCACUGUGCUCCAGCCAGGACAACAGAGUGAGACUCUGUCUUUAAAAUAAAAAAUAAAUGUUUAAUGAGAAAA